CAAAAAUCAAACAAUUCCUUCUUCAACUUGUCAGAGAAAUUAAGAGGAUGGAAAAAUUCAUUAUCUGUGUUGUUAUAUUGCUGAUGAAUUUAGUCACUUCAGAACUCAGAGUAGAAUCUGCUGUUUGGCAACAAGCUCAUGCAACUUUCUAUGGUGGAAGUGAUGCCUCAGGAACAAUGGGUGGUGCAUGUGGCUAUGGAAAUCUGAACAUAGAUGGAUAUGGAAUAAAAACAGCUGCAUUGAGUACUGCUUUGUUUAAUGAUGGCAAAUCAUGCGGUGGUUGCUAUCAGAUAGUUUGUGACGCAAGAAAAGUUCCUCAAUGGUGUCUCAGAGGCACUUCCAUUACUAUUACUGCCACAAACUUUUGUCCACCAAACUUGGCACUCCCUAAUGACAAUGGUGGUUGGUGUAAUCCCCCAAGACCACACUUUGACAUGUCUCAACCUGCCUUUCAGACUAUAGCCAAGUAUAGAGCUGGAAUUGUUCCCGUUUUGCAUAGAAGAGUUGGGUGCAGAAGAAGUGGAAACAUAAGAUUUACUAUAAAUGGAAGAGACUAUUUUGAGCUGGUGCUUAUAAGCAACAUAGGUGGAGGUGGAGAGAUAUCAAAAGUUUGGAUAAAAGGGUCAAAAAAGAAUACAUGGGAAUCAAUGUCAAUGAAUUGGGGUGCUAAUUGGCAGAGUCUAAGUUAUCUAAAUGGUCAGAGUUUAUCAUUUAGAGUUCAACUCAAGAAUGGAAAGACUCGUACAGCUAUAAACGUUGCACCUUCCAAUUGGAGAUUUGGACAGUCUUUCAAAAGUAAUGUUCAGUUUUGAUUCUCAACAAAAUACCAUUCAGAUAUAUGAUAUGAAAUAUGAGCCAAUAGUAGUACAUUCUUCUAUGUUGGUCAUUUAUUUACUAACAGUUGUUAUAUAGUAUGUUGAAGAAAUUAUUCCAAGUGGUUGUGGCUCAGCAAUAUAUUUUAGUAUUUGCAAUGAAGCCUGCCAACUUUGGUAUAAUAAUGUGUAUGUGAUAAAAAAACAUAUUCAAAUUAUAUUCUACAGUUUAUCUUAGUCUA